AUGGGAUCACCUAUAAGCAGCAAAGAGGCAAUAACAGGAAGAUUGGAUGCAGUGGAAUUUUUUCUGAGAGGGAAGGGGACCCAGUUAUUGUCAGAAAUAAGAACGCUACUUAAGAAGGUUGGAAAUAUACAGAAAAUUAUUCUCAGAAUGCAAACAUCUUCAGCUAUACCAAGUGACUGGAGAACAAUAAUACAUACUUUAGAUGCAAUCGAAGCUCUUAUCACUAUGUGUAAACCAUAUUGUGCAAAAUUAUAUCCUGUCCAAGAAUUGCUUCUAACAAACUUCGACCCAGCAAUCAUAGGAAGCGUCAAAUCAUGGCUAGUUCAUGUAAUUGACACGGAGAAGACGGAAAAAGAACAAAGAUUUGUUGUUCGACGUGGAGUCGACACUACUUUGGACAAAUGGAAUGAAACAUACGCUUGUCUUCCAGACUUGCUGUCACAGCUGGCAGAAGAUGAACUUGGGAAAUUACGAGAAAAUAUAAGAACGUGUGGACUAAUUUACUUUCCUUUAGUGGGUUAUCUGUUGAAAAUUCCAAAAGUAGAAGUAGAAACUCCCGAUAUACAGUUAAGCGGGUUGGAAUUCGCUUUUACAGAUAACGAGAUGGCAUACUACCGAAACAAAACCACACGCAUCCUGGAUCAACGCUACGGUGAUGUAAUGUAUGCCAUUGUUGAUGCGGAAACCACAAUCAUGCAUCAUCUUCAAGAUCGCUUACUAAUUCACACACAGAGCAUACUUCAGGCAUCCCAAUUUGUUGCGGAGAUAGAUUGCUUAUGUGCCUUCGCCAUGGCUGCCAAGCAUAUGGAAUGGACUCGACCGAAAAUAGUGAACGAGAACUGUAUACAUAUUUAUAAAGGAUGGUAUCCCAUCCAACAAACAGUAUCUACCAACAUAAUUAAAAACUCAUUCUACUCUGAUGGAUCUAAGCAUAAGAUAACAUUGCUGACUGGACCGAACGGAAGUGGGAAAAGCAUCUACAUGAAAAGUAUCGCCUUAAUAAUUUACUUAACGCACAUAGGAAGCUAUAUUCCGGCUGAAGGGGCAACAAUUUCUGCGUUUGAUGCAAUACAUAUACUCACAGGUACAAACUCUACUGAAAGAGAUAACUGUUCGACCUAUAUGAUGGCACUUCAAAUGGCCUCAGUUGCUUUAAGAAACUUAACAAGCAAAACAUUAAUAAUAAUGGACGAGUUUGCAAAGUCCGUAAACAAAUUAGAGUUAGAUGCGCUUACAAUCGCUAUGGCAGAAUUCCUAUUGCUGAAAAAUGAAUGUCCGUAUACCAUCAUAGCUACCCACAACCAUACAAUACUAAGGCAACUCCAAAUGUAUGGACCGCAAGUUCAAUACCUGGGUGAAGACGGUCCUGAAGCUAGUUUAUGGAACAGACACGGGUGGCAAUGA